AUGACGCAAAUACCGGAAUCCUCAGUCCAGAAACUGGAAGAUAGAUUAAACAAUAACGGGUGCAUUAAUUUCUGCCGUGACAAAGCGUUUCCUUUAGCAGCUACUUCCAACAAGCAAUGUGUGUGUCUGAACAGUCUGCCAACAACAUUGUUGGCUAUUUCGACGGAUGGAGAUGCAGCUUCCGGUCCAUCAAGUUCAUGCAAUAUUAAAUGUCCGGGAGAUGCUGGAGAGAGUUGUUUUAGAACCAGUUGCUGUGGUGGUCCGGAGCAAGCCUACAGUAUAUAUGCCACGGGUGGUGAGUGGUGUAUUAUUCAACUGAAAUUACGCCUCGAAGAUCGAGGCGAGUAGUCAAAAAGAUUUCUGCCACCCUAAAAAAAGUUGUUCAGGAGGUAAUGAGGGGUGAAGGUAUCAAUUUUCUCUUUAUCGUAAGGAGCGAAGAUAUCGAUAUCAUCACUUUUGCCAUCGCUUUUUGCUCCUGGGCAAUUUUAGACGAACUAAAACAUUUAGGCCCAUGGAUCACGAUCGUUAGUCUACGGCAGUGUGCGAGAUCAUUCUCGUCUUGAUGAUCUUCAGGUCACCUUCAGACAUGGGUAGUAAACAUUCGGAAAAAAAAAAGAUCCAAGUAUCGCCUCAGUUUUUGUAACUUGAUCUAUUUUGUGAUCAAUAGAACAUGGGAGCGGGAAUAAUUUUCUCGUGUUCACCCCCCGUCCAUCCCUCAGUAGUGUAUCAGCUAUACUUUACGAUCUUUGAUAUUUUACCGAAAACUUGAUUCUUGCAGUCUAGUCGAAGGUUGUUCGUGUUACAUUUUCAUGUCAGUGCUGGUUCUUGCCAACAGAGGUUGACUACUUGGGACAACUAUUGAAUCUUCUGGAGAAGCACAAAAACACCAUUCAGACCAAUGCACUUGGACUUCCAGAGGGAGGAAGAUGUAUGUACAGAAACUUGUGAUCGAAUCGAUACAGUGAUUACAAUUGUUAUCAAGACCGUUAUUAAGUUAGUCAGAGAGCCACAGCCCUUAAUCUGCUUCACCCCUCCACCCUCACCUCUCUACCAACUUAUCCUAGUACUUUACCCCCCUAGUCAGCUUUUCCCUUCACCUCUUCAACGAUCUCAGUAAGCACCUCGUGCACUCUCCGCUUUCAAGCUCAUGAACACUUUAAUCCUCAAGUCGACAAUCUAAUUCUCCCAGCAUUUUUAACUUCGACUGAGUGAUUAUUUCGGUAGAAUUGAUAGUCUGACCAGCUCAUACCUAAGCAAUGGAAGUGAAACGUUUGCAGUUGGUCAGGCGUGGCCUUGAGUAAGACGUGAAAGGUUAAUGUUAUGGUCCUUACUCCUCGGUGGUACAAAGGGGUUGAUCUUUUAACACGAUGUGGAUAAAAAUGUUUGAUCCGGUUUAGCCAGGCCCUUUAAUAUAUAACUCGCUGAAAUAGCCUCAAAUCAUCACAAAACAAAAAGGAAGAUACAACACUAUGUAGUUACGUGCGAUGCGCAUAUGCUCAUUCAACUUGCGCUAUAUAAGUUUUUAAUGAGUAUUAAAUUAUUAUUAUUAUUAUUAUUAUUAUUAUUAUUAUUAAAGUUCGCAUCUAUCACAAAAAAAGUUUUACUUCAUGCCUGUAGAAUUUACCUGUUGAAUUUCCAUACAUAUCCUUGUAAUGAUGAUAAUACUCAAGGACGGUGACCCAAGACCUCGGGAGGGACUCCCCUAUGAAAGGGGCGGGGAUGCUCGUCGCCUCGCUUAGGGGUGUAAAUUUCAGAUUUUGGUCUCGCUUAGGGUGUUCUGGGCAAAACACCAUUAUAUUUAGCCGUAAAGGUCUCUUUUAGGGUUGCACUCGAAGAAAUAUUAAAAAAUUAUAUAUUUUCAAUUCGUUUUAUUUACUCGAUUCAUGUAAUCAGAGUUUAAAAUGAUCGCUUUUAGGGGUAAAAAAGGGUCGGGCCACGCCCAGAGUUGCCUCCUUUAGGGGUUUAAUUCAAAGUUUCUGACGAGCAUCCCCGCCCCUUUUAUAUGGGAGUCCCCCGGGGAGCGGGGUUAGCUGUAGCACAAUCUCUUGGUAAGGGUUAAUGGUAUCAGGCUGUGCUCGUCAGGUAUUAUUUUCGUAUUCUUAUUCUUGUUAUUUUAUUUUUACAGUUUCAUACUGGGUGGAAUUCUACUCGCGAAUGCCAAAAAAUAAAGUGAAGCGAUGCGCCUUUGUCUCAACUGUUGAAAUAGAGAACUAUCAAAGAGUUGACAAAGUGCAGAAGGGCUGCGGUGAUUACACAACAUCCACUGACGAUCUCAAGCGAGUAGACUUCAAUGUGAUUUCAGUUAAAAAGGAAGCCAGCAAGCCUUACCCUACAAGAGAGACACCUCUUACCGGUGAUUUUGACGUAGAAUUGGACAACACUGGAGGAUCCACUGAGAAAUCAUUCACUAAGUCAAGAACAGUCGAGGCAACAUCAAGCCAAACAUACUCUGUCGAGUCGGGAACUUCAAGCAGUUUUACCGUCGGGGCUUCUGCGAGUGCAGGAUUUGAGUCACUUGGAGCUGAGUUUUCAGUUGAGCUUUCCACCGAGUACUCAACGUCAGGCUUCUACAACAGUGGAUACCAGAAAACUUCACAAGAAAAAAUUACCACCGCUUUUCAGAUUACGUCCAAGGUGCCUGCCGGAGUCAGAACGAUCGCCCGCUUUUCCAAGCGCACCGAACCCCUCACAUUAAAGUGGGGAGCCACUAUCCAUGCAGAAGGGGAGAUCAAACUGAGUUAUACUUUUGGAAAGUUUGGUCAUCCAAUAAGGACAAACCAGACCGUCAUAGUCUCUUUGUCGCAGGUAAGUGGUGGUAAGACCUCGCCAUUGUUCUUCGAAUCCGCCGAAUUUCCGAACGCUGAGGAGGCAGGCUGACCAGCGUUAUACUGAACCAUAAAUAAUUACAACAUUAAUCGAUAUUGCUGUGUCUGAUAAAUUAAAGGUAACUUCGCCGAAAACGAUGCGAAACAAGAAAGAUGCCAAGAUCUUCUGCAAAGAGUGAUUAUAUUCACCGUGUAAGGAAAAAAAAAAUAGAAAGACGAGACUGGUACGCGGUUAAUGGUAGACGCUCUCAGUAUAAGAUUGAUACUGAAAAACUUGUAGAAACGCCUGAAGUAAAUGAAAUUGCUUUUUUUUUAGGCAAUACCUUCUCGGCAAACCGUUUUUUACACCAUGGGGACGGUAAGAGCAGAGGCCAGGGUUGUUAUAGGAGCGAAGAUGGAGUCCUAUGAUGCGCAGGGGAACUUAAUCGAAUCAAAACCUGCGAGCUCAUCGCAAGUCAGUGAAGUUCGAACCAGACGACAAAGAGACCCUGGUCAUCGCCGUUCUUUCCGUAAGAUGAAUUCCAAGCACAUGAAAAACGCACAUGGUGGGGGAUACUAA